AACAGCUAGGGGUCCUAUCACACGUUGUGUUACCCGGAAGAAGAACGGUGUUGAGCGUCCUCUGGACUAUUAUCGCUCAUAUUUAGAUGUGCUGAACAGUAUGGAGAGACAGUAAGGAGAGUCUGGAGGUUGCCCACAGACUGUAUCGACAGCGGGGGUGGAACCAUGUCAGUAAACCGGUGUGCGUGGUUACUUUCUCGGCUUCAGCUCCACGCUAACAGCCGGGCUACCCGUUUCACCGCUGGAGCGAGUUGUCAUGUGUCUGAGUGGUUACACAAACAUCCCCGGGCCAGAAGCGUUUCCUCCAGCAGCUCUCCGCCCAAAGCCCCGGACACCUCUCUGUUCGUCCCCAUCUCCCUGAAGACGGACUUCUCGGUGGACGGGAGUGUUGGAGCAGAGCUGACGCAGCCGCUCGCUAAAGAUGAACUGCUGAAAGUUUUGAACCGGUUUUAUAAGAGGAAGGAGAUGCAGAAGCUGGCCUCAGAUCAUGGCCUGGAUGCUCGUCUGUUCCACCAGGCCUUCAUCAGCUUCAGGAAGCAUGUCCUGGAAGGAUCAUCUCUCCCCGCUGAUCUGCACAUCAUCCUCAGUGACAUCUGCUGUGGAGCAGGUCACAUUGAUGACAUCUACCCUUACUUCAUGCGUCACUCCAAACAAAUCUUCCCCAUGCUGGACUGUAUGGACGACUUGAGAAAGAUCUCUGACCUCAGAGUCCCUGCCAACUGGUACCCUGAGGCUCGUGCCAUCCAGAGGAAAGUGAUUUUCCAUGCUGGUCCCACUAACAGUGGAAAAACCUAUCACGCCAUACAGCGCUACCUGGCUGCUAAGUCUGGAGUCUACUGUGGCCCCCUGAAACUACUGGCCCAUGAGAUCUUUGAGAAGACCAAUAACGCUGGUGUACCAUGUGACCUGGUUACAGGAGAGGAGAGGACGUUCAUGGACUUGGAGGGUCGAGCUGCUGGUCACGUGGCCUGCACCAUUGAGAUGUGCAGUGUCAACACACCUUAUGAAGUGGCUGUAAUUGAUGAGAUUCAGAUGAUCAGAGAUCUUUCCAGAGGCUGGGCCUGGACCAGGGCACUCAUGGGUCUCUGUGCAGAGGAGAUCCAUGUGUGUGGAGAACCUGCAGCUAUCGACUUUAUUAGAGAGCUGAUGUACACCACUGGAGAGGAGGUGGAGGUGCACACCUACCAGCGUUUGACUCCCUUCUCGAUCCUGGAUCAGGCUGUGGAGUCAUUGGACAACCUGAGACCAGGAGAUUGUAUCGUCUGCUUUAGUAAAAAUGACAUUUACUCCAUCAGCAGACAGAUCGAGGUCAGAGGACUGGAGUGUGCUGUCAUUUAUGGGAGUUUACCUCCAAGCACCAAGCUGUCACAGGCCAAGAAAUUCAAUGACCCCAAUGACACCUGCAAGAUCCUGGUCGCCACAGAUGCAAUUGGAAUGGGCCUCAAUCUGAGCAUCAAACGCAUCAUCUUCAACAGUCUGGUGAAGCCUAAUGUCAAUGAGAAGGGGGAGAAACAGAUGGAGACCAUCAGCACGUCACAGGCUCUGCAGAUAGCCGGCCGUGCUGGGAGGUUCUCCUCCAUAUUCAAAGAGGGAGAAGUUACAACCAUGCACAGAGAUGAUCUGCCUGUGUUGAAGGAAAUACUCAGUCACUCAGUGGAGCCCAUAGAGCAGGAUAGACUUCUGCUAAACUCCUGACAAACUGAGUGACUCCUCUGCGUGUCUCUUCCCCAGGACAUAUUUGUCAGCCUCUCUCAGGUGGAUGGUAUGUAUUUCGUCUGCAACAUUGACGACUUCAAGUUUCUGGCUGAUAUGAUUCAGCAUAUCCCACUCAACCUGAGGUCACGCUACGUCUUCUGUACUGCUCCCAUCAACAAGAAACAAACUUUUGUAUGCACCUCCUUCCUAAAGUUUGCUCGUCAGUUCAGUCGAGAUGAACCUCUGACCUUUGACUGGGUCUGUCGACAUAUCAGCUGGCCUCUGACUCAACCCAAAAACAUUAAAGACCUAGUUCACCUGGAAGCUGUUCAUGAUGUGUUGGAUCUUUACCUCUGGUUAAGCUACCGAUUCAUGGACAUGUUUCCUGACACUGCCUUGAUUCGAGAAAUCCAGCAGGAGCUUGACGACAUCAUCCAACAGGGCGUCCUUAAUAUUACUCGUCUCAUCAGAGCCACUGACGCUAACAUCACUAACCCAGUGCAGACACAGAGCAGCAGACGUGAACAAACGAGUGGGAGCAGGGGAGCUGCAGACGGUCAUUAUUUGACCAACAGCAGAGGUCAGAGUGGACAGAGAGUCUCAGGAGGGACGGUGGACAGUUCUCUGUCUAAUCGCCUGGUGAGAGACGGGCUGCUGACACCUGAUUUGCUGCGGCAGCUGCAGAAGGAGUUUUCCAAAGAUCAGAGGCAGAAUUCCACCGACCAGCAGGUCCUCGAUAAAGAAUUUCACAACAAUAACAACAAAGGGAAAAGACGAAAGAAGAAAUGAAGAGGUUACGUCUUGGUGUCUGCACAGAGUCUAUACUGAUGCACAGAACCCAAUGAUGUAAACCUUGAAUCAGAUCUGGUGGUUUGAAAUGAAUCAAGACAGUUAAUGGGAAUCUGUGAGAGAUUAUAAAAAGAUUUUAAACUGAGCUGUAAAACAGCAACAUGUUGUGACAUGAAAUCUCACUUUCACUGUGCUAAAAGCUCAAUCUAUUUUUUCUACCAAUGUCCAAACUGUAACCAGUGAUAGGGAACGUCUCUUGUCCAGGAUCCUGUGAACGAGCUGCUUUGUUCUUGGUUCUUGUGAAGAUGCAGGUAUCUGGGGAGAGAUUCUCCGUUUGUCUAUAGAAGCAGAAAAUAACUCACAGAAUCACCUGGGAAACAUUUAAGAACAACAUCAAACUGUAGUGAACUGACUUGUUUGGGUUUAUAAAUUCACCCCGUGGAGAUACCACAUUCAUUGUCAGUUGAUUCAGGAUUCAGUAAAACUCAAACUGUCAUAAAUGCUAUAAAAUGCACUUUUAAGUUUUGCAGUUCUGGUCUAAGUUUCCUGUUUAUUCUGUCAACUCAACAAAUACAGUAUAACCAACUUGUUUUGGGUACACCUGAAGAAUUCACUUUCAGCUACUCUACUGAAAUCACAUUUCUGUGAGUGUACAGCAGACAGUUGGAAUAGGUAAGAGUUAGCGCAACCCUGCAAGUGUAUUUUUCUUGUUUGUAAAUUUAGGUUGUCAGUAAAUAAAAAAAAAACUUUGUUUUUUAA